UUGCAGUGAUCUCGUACUCAUGCGGUUUUUAAAUCUUUAAAUGGUGUUAGAGAAGAGAAAAUCGGUGUUUUCUUUUUACUUCAAGUCGUUCAGGAAUUAGUGAGAAAUUUCCAAUGAGCAGACGACUCUGUGAUAAAUGAAAAAGCCUUAACUAAUUGCGAAAAGUACAUAAAAUGGUGCAGAGUGGAUAUGUGGAGGUGCGGACAGUUCCCACGAGGCUUGUGUCCUCAGGAGGAUGGCUGCAAGACGCUUUUGUGACCGGAAAGGAUUUGAUUUUUAUCAUCACCGGGAACCCUGGUCUUACGUCAUACUACGAAGAAUUUAUUGAUCUUCUGCACGAGGAAACCAAAAUUCCAGUGUGGGCUGUUAGCCACGCCGGACACGAGUUCGAAGACAAAAUCCCGUGUCCGAAGGAGAAUCCUGAUUUGUACAAUUUGGAAGGUCAAGUCGAACACAAGGUGGAGUUUAUCAAGAGAUACGUGCCUAAUGAUGUGAAAAUCCAUUUGAUCGGCCACUCCGUCGGCUCUUACAUCAUCCUGAAGAUGCUCAAGAACAAACUGAUCGAACACCAUGUUUACAUGAACUACAUGCUUUUCCCGGCCAUUGAAAGAAUUGGAGCUUCGCCCAACGGCAAGUUUUUCAGCUUUGUGAACAACAAUUUUCUGUGGCUCGUGGUGAUUCUGGCCGGAUUCGUGUCUUGCCUGCCGAACGCCGUGGGCAGCGCGCUGGUCAAAGGUUACUUCUGGAUCGAAGGCACUUACCAGAAAAACGUGCCGGCCACCAUGCAGCUGCUGCGGCCCACCAUCCUCAAGAACAUUUUCUCGCUGGCAGCUGACGAAAUGGAUCGCAUUUUGGAGCUGGACGUGGACACGAUCGAGAAACACAAGGACAAGCUGCGAUUCUACUACGGACAGGUGGACGGCUGGUGUCCCCUCGCCUACUACCGCAACUUGAAGGACAAAGUGCCGGACGCCCGAGCGACAGCCUGCACCAACGGAUACAGACACGCAUUUGUACUCAACUACAGCAAACCGAUGGCCACCAUCGUUGGCCAGUGGAUCAACGAAACGGCCGCACAGUCCAAGUAGAUUGUUGAUUAAUUUGUGAUUUUUUUAGUCUCUUUUAAAGAGGAAUGAUAGUUAAUUUUUCUCUGAUGCUUCUCGAAUAAAUCAAAUUAAUUUCGGGUAUUUGGAUUUUUCCUAAAAAAUUUAAAGGUUCUCGAACGGCCAGUUGAAAUUUUUAAGACUAAGUUUGUACGAAAAAUAGUAAACUUGAGAAAAAAUUUUCUCCAUAGGAAUUUAAUCAGCUUUCUGAAUUUAGGCAAUUUUUUAUGCUUCUAUCAACUUGUGAAUUUUAAUGAGGCCAAACGCACAACCCUUUUGAAAAUCUACAAUUUUUUAAAAAUUAAAAAAUCACUUUCAAGACUCAAAAGUGCUUUUUGUAUCUUGUCAAAAUUAAAUUUUCAUAAGUUUUCUUAUCGGCCCGGAAGCAUUUAAUUUCCUUUGCUGAAAAAAGAGGGCGUAACCGAUAAAAUUUCAAAAAUUAGUUUUAAAAUUAAAAAAUCACUAUCAUUCCACUCUAAUGAGUUUGUUAGGGCGCUGCAGGUUUUGAUUUAUUUAAAUUGUUCGUGUUAAAGGGGAAUUUUUAAAUUGUUAUGGGAUAUUCUAUUACUGGGGAUUGUGUUCAAUUGGAUUUGUGUACUUGUUAAGUCGUGCGUUGAUAUAGUUUUAAUGAGACAAGACGAUUUUUAGUCUUAAAUGAGAUCAAAGUCUAAGAAAAUCCUCAAAGAGAUUAUGAUAUGACAUCAGCUUCUUGCUCAAGUGCUCUUUGAAUGUAAUUAAUCGAUUCAUGCCACAAAAUCUUUAUAUAAAAAAAUUAAUCAAUCCGUAAAUUAGGAAAAUUGUCGACACAAAAUACAUAAGCCGUGUAAUCAUUCCCUCUAUAGCUUAAGUUUUUAAUUAAACUUUGACUUAUGUAGCUAGUAAUUAGCAGUUAAACCAUCAAAUUCUCAACAAUUAUUAUAUAAUCCUAGAAUUGAACAAUAUAUUGUCAAAAAAAUAAUAUUAUCUCCAUGAUGAGUUUCUGUUCAUGUUGUUUGAAAGGAAUAAAUAAAAGCAAUUUUCAUAAAGUUAUCAGGCA